AUGCUCCCGCAAGUGUUGCUCGUCGCGGGGAGGGAGGAGGGCCCCAUCACCGUCUGGGACGUGGACACUGGCGCGGCGCUCACCAGCUACAAGUCCAGCGCCUGCACCGUGAAUGGCCUGGCCCUGGUGGGGCGGGACCACUUCGUGGCCUGCCAGAGCUCCAAGGGCGCCGUGCACGCCUGGACCUGGUCCAACGACCAGGUCAGCGUGCGCAGCCACGCGCCGGAGCCGCUGCGCUGCCUGGCGGCCAGCCCCUGCGGCACCUUUGUGGCCGGGGGCGCCGCCUCCGGCGCCGUCCACCUCUGGUCCACGGGCUCCGGGCGCCUGCUGCGCAGCUGGCCCGCGCACUACAAGGCCGUGGCGGCGCUGUGCUGGAGCGCCGACGCCGCGCUGCUCUGCUCGGCCGGCGGCGACGGCUCCUGGGCCAGCCACACGCUGGGGGUCACCGCGCUGGCGCUGGACGCCUGCGACGCCAUCCUCGUCAGCGUCGGCCUGGACCGGGCCCUAGUGGUGGCCAGCCUGGUGGGGGACCGGCCCGUGCUGGCCCGCCACGCCCUGCCCAGCCCCCUGCACAGCCUGGCGCUCGACCCCGGGGGCCAUGCCGCGUAUGCGGGGGCCGUCAACGGCGCCGUGUACGAGGUCAGCCUGGCGGGAGGCGCCCAGGGCGCAGAGUUUCCCGUGCUGGAGGGACACAGCCUGCCGGUGGUGGCGCUGGCCUUUGCGGGCCCCGACGCCGGCACGCUCAUCUCAGGCUCCGAGGACGGAGGGGUGAGGUUCUGGGACCUGCGCACCAGGCAGCAGACACGGGUAUUGGAGACUCCCGCCAAGGGCCCCGUCGCCGCCUUGGUCACCCUGGACCGGCCGCGCGCCAUGCAGGUGCUGGGGUCUCGGGGCCGGCAGCAGCAGGGCGUGAAGAAGGAGACGGGGACGCAGCCGCUGGAGGCACUGGCCAAGUUCCCGGGCGCGCCGGGCACGCUGCGGCCCUGGGAGGACGCGCUGGUUCUCCUGGACGGCAGCGGGGUGGAGGCAUUCGACGAGGCCGCCGCCGGCUGUGCUCAGGAGAGCGGGGACAGCCUCGUCCCUGGGGGCGCCGCAAAUCGGGUGGGAGCUGUGCGGGAGAGCGACGCCGCCCCGCUGGCCGAUGGAGCAGCAGCGCCGGCUGCAGAGGACAACGAGUCCGGCGCCCUGGUGGCACUUAGGGAGGAGAACGCCGGCCUCAAGCUGCAGCUGGCAAGGGCGGCAGCGGCGCUCGAGCAAAUGGUGGCCAUGCAGGGCGCGCCCGCUGAGAGACCGCGCAGCAAGGGCUAG